CCGCCCGCCAGUGCAGCCGUCUGCCCGGGCCGGGCCGAGCGUGGCCUCAGCAUGGGGGCUGCAGCCCUGCCCUGGCACUGGUGCCUGCUUCUCGUCCUCGGCGCCCCGGGCCGCCUGACCAGAGCCACCGGGGCCCCAGAUACAGACGAGUGUGCGGAGGGGACCGAUGACUGCCACAUAGAUGCCAUCUGUCAGAACACCCCCAAAGCUUACAAAUGCCUCUGUAAGCCAGGAUACAAAGGGGAAGGCAGGCAAUGUGAAGACAUAGAUGAAUGUGAAAAUGAUUACUACAAUGGGGGCUGUGUCCACGAAUGCAUCAACAUCCCAGGAAACUACAGAUGCACCUGCUACGACGGCUUCAUGCUGGCUCACGAUGGGCACAACUGCUUGGAUGUGGAUGAGUGCCUGGAUAACAAUGGAGGGUGCCAGCAGAUCUGUGUGAACACGAUGGGAAGCUAUGAGUGCCAGUGCCGGGAGGGCUUUUUCCUGAGUGAUAACCAACACACCUGCAUUCACCGCUCCAAUGAGGGUAUGAACUGUAUGAACAAAGAUCAUGGGUGCGCACAUAUCUGCCGGGAGACGCCCAAAGGUGGGGUUGCCUGUGAAUGUAGGCCUGGCUUUGAACUUGCCAAAAACCAGAGGGACUGCACACUAACCUGUAACUAUGGAAACGGAGGCUGCCAGCACACCUGUGAUGACACUGAUACGGGGCCUGUAUGUGGCUGUCAUCAGAAGUAUGCCCUCCACUCCGAUGGCCGGACAUGCAUUGAGAAGGAUGAGGCUGCAAUUGAGAGUACUGAGCUCAAUGCCACGUCAGUAGCUGAUGUGGACAAGCGGGUGAAACGGCGCCUCCUCAUGGAGACAUGUGCUGUCAAUAAUGGAGGUUGUGACCGCACGUGCAAGGACACAGCCACAGGAGUCCGCUGCAGCUGCCCGGUGGGCUUUACCCUGCAGCCCGAUGGGAAGACAUGCAAAGACAUUGAUGAGUGCCUGGUGAACAGUGGAGGCUGUGACCAUUUCUGUAGGAACACAGUGGGCAGCUUUGAAUGCAGCUGCCAGAAAGGCUAUAAGCUGCUAACAGAUGAACGGACCUGUCAAGAUAUAGACGAGUGUUCCUUCGAGAGGACCUGUGACCACACCUGCAUCAACUCACCGGGCAGCUUCGAGUGCCUGUGUCACCGAGGCUACACUCUGUAUGGCCUGACCCACUGCGGAGAUGUCGAUGAGUGCAGCAUCAACAGUGGAAGCUGUGACUAUGGGUGCCUCAACACGAUGGGCAGCUAUGAGUGUGCCUGUCCUGCUGGAAGGAAGCUCCACUGGAACAAGAAGGACUGUGUUGAGACAGUGAAAUGCCUCCCUGGUGCCAAAGCCGCCCCCCGAAUCCAGCUGGCCUGCAGCAGGACUGGGGGCCUGGAGACCUGCUUCCUGGCCUGCCCAUCCAACACACACUUUAUUCCAGAUUCGGAGAACAGCUAUUCGCUGAGCUGUGGCAUCCCAGGACCACAGGGCAAGGCUCUGCAGAAACGCAACUCCACUGCCCCCAGCUGCACAGAUUCUCUGGUUCCCCCCGUCAAGCAGAAAGCCCGCUUCAAAAUCAGAGAUGCUAAAUGUCACCUUCGGCGACGCAGCAAGGAUAAGGUGAAGGAGGUGGGAAAGCAAGCACUACUAGACAACUGCCAAGUGACCUUUGUGAACCUCCAGUGCGACUCAUCCAAGAAGAAGCGUCGGGGCCGCAAGUCUCCUUCAAAGGAAGUGUCCCAUAUCACUGCCGAGUUUGAGGUAGAGAUGAAGUCUGAUGAGGUCUCAGACACCUGUAACACUGAUUGCGUCCGGAAAAAGCUGGAGCAGAAGUUGCAGGCCGCCAUCAAAACACUGCGGAAAUCUAUUAACAAACAGCAAUUUUACCUUCAGUUUUCGGGUACAGAGUAUGAAGUGGCCCAGAAACCAGCUAAAACUCCUGAAGGGCAGGAAGCAUGUAGCCCUGGCCUGGUGCUGCAAGACGGGAAGUGUGUGACCUGUGGACCAGGCACCUAUUACAGUGGAGAGCACAGCGAGUGCCUUCCUUGCUUGCCAGGAACAUAUCAAGAUAUGGAAGGUCAGCUCACCUGUGAGCCUUGCCCAAGUAAUGAUGGCCAAGGCCUAGCAGGAGCCCGGAAUGUGUCCGAAUGUGGAGGACAGUGUUCUCCUGGCUUCUACUCAUCCGAUGGCUUCAAACCUUGCAGGCCAUGCCCUCUGGGCACAUACCAGCCCGAGCCAGGACGCACCCUGUGCUUCCCCUGCGGAGGGGGGCUGGUGACCAAGUAUGAAGGAGCCGUUUCAUUCCAAGACUGUGAGACAAAAGUCCACUGUUCUCCUGGACACUAUUACAAUGCCUCCACUCACCGCUGUAUCCGGUGUCCCAUCGGCACUUACCAGCCAGAAUUCGGUCAGAACUACUGUAUAACGUGCCCUGGCAACACAAGCACCGAUUUUGAUGGCUCUACCAACGUUACUCAUUGUAAAAACCAGCACUGUGGAGGAGAACUGGGAGAUUACACUGGCUACAUUGAGUCUCCCAAUUACCCUGGUGACUACCCAGCCAAUGUGGAAUGCAUAUGGAACAUCAACCCACCACCCAAGAGGAGAAUUCUCAUCGUGGUGCCAGAGAUAUUCCUGCCCAUCGAAGACGAGUGUGGUGAUGUUUUAGUGAUGAGAAAAAGCGCCUCCCCCACAUCCAUCACCACUUAUGAAACAUGCCAGACCUAUGAGAGGCCCAUAGCUUUCACAUCCCGGUCACGAAAGCUCUGGAUUCAGUUUAAAUCAAAUGAAGGAAACAGCGGCAAAGGAUUCCAAGUACCCUACGUGACCUACGAUGAGGAUUAUCAACAGUUAAUAGAAGAUAUAGUUCGGGAUGGAAGGUUGUAUGCAUCAGAAAAUCACCAAGAAAUCUUAAAAGACAAGAAGUUGAUUAAAGCCCUCUUUGAUGUGUUGGCACAUCCUCAAAACUAUUUCAAGUACACAGCACAAGAGUCCAAGGAGAUGUUCCCAAGAUCGUUUAUCAAGCUACUACGGUCCAAAGUUUCCAGAUUUCUACGACCAUACAAAUAACUUUCCUAGAGCUAUGCAAUUGGGGGAUGGUUGGGGGUAUUUUUGGUCCAGUUGGUUGGGGAGAGAUUUUUUUUUGUUUUGCAUUUGUGUCAAAUAUUUUAUUUCCCUCCACAGUAGAAACAUUUGCUGACUGUGAAAAGCUCUUCCAGAAUUCUUGAAUUCAGUACCAUAUUGAAGAAUCUUGCUAACAUUUUAUACUCCUUAAAAGCCCAUGAGGGUGGCUAUUUUUACCUGGAAGAGAAUGUGAGGAGCCAUGGGCAUGCCCAGAUGAAGACACUGAUGCAUGUCUGCGCCAGCAGUAUCCAUUUCCAGCAAUCUGAAAAUGUCUGGUUGGAAAAACACUUCUUUGCCCCAAAGCUCUUUUUUCCUAGGAAGCCAUGCAGUACCUUUCUUCUGAGCCAAGGAGAAAGUCUUUAACUAUGAUCAUCUGAUGCCAAUACACUGUGGGAGGGGAAGAAGUCCAACAUGAAGAAAUAGCAUUUGGAAUCUGAAUUGCACCUGAACUCUGUAUUUGGAAUUUUCAGGGGGAAAGGAAUUAAAUUGUGACAUUUCUCCCCUUAGUUUCCUAGAGACUUGGAUAUAGUAGAAACCAAACAAGAAGAGACCAAGGAAUACCGAUGUAGAACUUGUUUCACAAUUUACCAAAAAUUAAGCUCCACACAGGCAGGUUUUAUCUGCUCUCUUCUCUUUUUCUUGAGAUCUCAUUCCCAUACCCAGCCUCUCCUGCUGUGGACACAGUGACCAUAUUUGUCUGCUAUUUGGACUCUGAAGAACUUUAAAAUACAAUGGAUUAAAAGUUGUGGAGGGGAAGGGGGCAACAAAUAUUUCCCUCACUACAAAAGAUCAUCUUAAUUAAGUACUAUAUAUAUAUAAAUAUAAAAAUAUAUAUACUUCUAUUUGUGGGUACAUUAGAAACACUACCUUUAGUGACUGUAAAUAUUAAUUAUGCAGACAUCUCUUCUCCCAAAUACAAUAUACAGACACACAUCCCUUUUUUAGCUUUCCUAAUAUGAUUAAAUUCCUGCUCCAAGGCCUUGCAACUUGGCUUUUAUCCCCAAAAAAGAGUCUACUGAGUUUGGGGAAAUACAAUUUUUCCUCAGUCAGUCUAUUCAAUCAUAAGUUAUUUAGUAAAAUUAAAUAAACUCCCAUUUCUUUAUUGCUUUAAGGAAGAGCAAGGAUUAUACUCACCACCACCACCAUUUCAUGGAGAAAGAAACAGGUUCAGAGGGAUGAAGUCACUUCUUAGCCUCUUGGGAGAAAGAGAGCUCAAAGGAAGCUGACAGAUGCUCUAGGUCAGUGGUCCCUCCAUAAGGAUCCCUGAGGGCUGCAGCCUGACUUAGGAAGGAAACCACAUGUUACCAUCAGUUCUGUUGUAUAUUUAUUUUGCUAAAUAUUUCUCAAUUACAUUUUUAUCAGGU